AUGGAUGCCAGCGGACAACAUCCAAAGAUGCCGAACGAGGGUGAAAACAAUGUUGAUUCAAAGGAGGCCAGCCCGGCUUCAACAAACCCUCCACCAUCCACAGACAACCUGGAUGAAGUUGAUUCCCACACGACGACGAGAAAAGACGAGCCCAGCUUCCAAUAUUUCCCCUGCCGUUUCUGCGGUCUCACCUUUAAUUAUCUAAACACCCUCCGUGCUCAUGAACGGGUCCACAAUGUCGAUGAGCCAUACGUCUGUGGAAAAUGCGGCGAAUCUUUCCACUUUGCUUGUGAACUGGAAUACCACAGCAUGCACCACAACGAUGGGAAUGGUUUUAAGUGCGAUUGUGGCCGGACGUUUUUCUCGUACACCGAGUUGCUCUACCAUCGGCAUCCGGAUGAGGAGCCGGCGCCGAAGCGGGUUCAAGACUCCUUCCAACCCGUCACUUCGGUCCCACUCCAGUUCCCCUCAACCUCGGCCCACGGUGCCCUCCAAUUUGCUCCCAUCGAAGUUCCGGUGCCAGCCUACAAAACUGAAGGAUUCGAACCAAAGCACCCGCUCAAGGUCUACAAGGGAGACGUCCGCACAAACCCCUAUAUCUGCGAAUACUGCUCAAAGAGCUACCCCGAUUCCCGGCAAUUGACAUAUCAUAUGUACAGUCACCGUGGAGAGCGAAACUUCAACCCUCGUUCUUCCCGAUACCUCAUGGGCCGAUCUGGAGUAGGCUACACCGAUCCUCCACUUUUUCGUUAC